AUGGCAGCGCACAAGAAGAAGAAGAAAGGCAAACCGGAGGAAGACUUUUUGAUCGACGGGGUCUCGACCAUAGAGAUGACCCGCCCCCAGCUGAGGGUGCUGGCAAACCGCCUGCACGAGGAGCUGCUGAAGGAGAAGGAAGAUCGCAACCUGAUGCAGCUGGAGAGGGACAAGCUCCACACAUUCCACGACGUAUGCCGCCAGCAGCUCGCCGAGUGCCAAGCUGGGCUGAGUGUGAUGAAAAAUGAAAAUGAAGACGCUGAAGAGAAGCAUCAAGUUGAAUUGAAACAAGUUGAGCAGAAAGUGAAGUACUUAAUGCACGAACACGAGACGCUUCUCAACGAAGCAGUGGAAUUCGCGGAAGAGAUUGAAGAGGCGCGCGAAGUCUUCCUGGAAGAGAAGAACGAGCUCAAGAAGAAGGCCGAAAAGCGCUUGCUGGAAGCGAGCGAAGAACUGACGUUGAAGUUCCGGAUGGAACUGUCGGAGCUGGAGAUUCGGAAGAACAAGCAGAUCGACGACCUCGUGAAAGAACACGACAGCGCCUUCGCCAGCAUGAAGUACUACUUCAACGACAUCAUGGACAAUAACUUGUCACUCAUCAAAGGUCUCAAGGAGAAGCUGAGGGACGUGCAGAAGAAGCUGGAAGACGCCUCCAUGCUGGAGAAGGAGUGCAAGAGGCGGCUGGCGUUCGGCGGCGGGCGGGAGGCGGCGGUUGGGAGGCGGCGGCGGCGGUCGUCGUCGUCGCCGGGCCCGCCUCCCCGGGCCCAGGAGGAGGAGGCCGCCGUCAGACAGGCCGGCGACCAGUCCUCCUGCGACGCCGCUCGGGCAGCGCUGGAGCUGCGGGAGGAGGGCGAGAGACUGCGGCGGUGCCACCGGGAGGCGCUGCAGGAGCUCCUGCAGGAGGCCGACCUGCGCGCGGCGCUCAGGGAGACCCGGGUGCAGGAGCUGAGGGCCUUGCUGGAGGCGGAGCGCGCGCGGGCGGUCGAGCUGGCGGCGGGCGGGGGCGGCGCCGCCUUCCCCAGACACCUGCGCGGGCUCGUGCAGGAGCGCCUGGCAGCGCUGCUGGCGGGCAACAACGCCCUCGUGCAGGAGCUGCUGAAGGAGCUGGCGCGCGCCUGCAAGGCGCACGACGAGCUGCUGCGCGCCUGCGAGGCGAAGCUGCGCCAGCUGGGGGUGCCGCCGCAAGAGCUGGGGUUCGAGCCCCGCCGCGCGGACGUCGCGCGCCUGAGGCUGGGUCGCGGGCCCGCCGGUCUCGCCGCGCUCAACACGUGA